UCUAAUGUUUAUACGUUAGCAGCAGGGCAUUCUGGGAGCUGCAGUUCUCUAAUGUGUAUACGUUAGCAGCAGAGCAUUCUGGGAGCUGUAGUUCUCUUCCUGGUAGCCCCAGAUAAGCCCCUCCCAGUAGGUCAGCUGACUCCCGCCCCUCCAGGUCAUCGUCCUCCUGCUGCUUCCAGUCAGACUCUACAGUCCUCUGAGCUUCUUCAGGUUCUGUCCGUCAUGUUCUGGUGUUUCCGUCUGGUUCUGGGCCUCCUGUUGCUCCGGCCGGCCUCUGCUCAUGUUCUCUCUCCAGUGUUCUUGGACGGCCCGGCAGCCAGCCAGGUUCUGAUCCGGUCCAGGAGAGCCAACAGCUUCCUGGAGGAGAUCAAACAAGGAAACAUGGAGAGAGAAUGCAUAGAGGAGCGCUGUGACUGGGAGGAAGCCCGGGAGAUCUUUGAGAACAGAGAGAAGACGAAUGACUUCUGGGCCAAAUAUGUGGAUGGCGAUGCCUGCGAGUCGCAGCCGUGUGAUCAUGGCGGACGCUGCAAAGAUGGGAUUGGUACUUACACCUGCUACUGCCAGGAGGGCUACAAGGGCUUCAACUGCCAAGUCGUUAUUCCUGAACUCUGUGAAAACACAAACGGCGGCUGUGAACAUUUCUGCAACGUGGUCCGAGGCAGCGUCCAGUGUUCCUGCGCUGACGGAUACUUCUUAGCAUCGGACGAUAAAUCCUGCGACUCCAACGAGAAAUUCAAAUGUGGAGCCCUCAUCACGGAAAACAUCCGGAGCGUCUUCAGGUACGAGAGGAACAUGACGGCCAAUGUGACGACGGUCAAUGCGACGGUGGAGAACGUGAUGGGUCUGAACGGUACCAUCAACAACACUGAGCAGCGAGACAUGGACGUUCUGUCCUCCGCAAAGACCAUCUUACCAAGAGUUACCGAGCAGAGGAUCAUCUCUCAGAUGGCCGGAAUGACUCGCAUCGUCAACGGAGAAGACUGUCCACCUGGAGAAUGUCCAUGGCAGGCUCUGCUCCUCAAUGAGGAUCACCAGGGGUUCUGUGGUGGAACAAUCCUCAACGAAUACAUCAUCCUGACCGCCGCCCACUGCAUGAACCAAUCACAGUACAUCUACGUCAAGCUCGGUGAGUUUGACAGGUUGGUGAAUGAAAGUAACGAAGUCGACCACACGGUGGAGACCAUCGUGACCCACAACAGGUACCAACCCAACACCUACCACAACGACAUCGCCCUCAUCAAACUGGCCACGCCCAUCAAGUUCAGCAGGUACAUCCUGCCAGCCUGUCUACCUGAGCAGGACUUCGCCGAAAAGGUCCUGAUGAAUCAGCCCGAUGGGAUAGUCAGCGGUUUCGGGCGUCUGGGUGAAGGUCGGCGGCCGUCCACCAUCCUGCAGCGCCUCACACUUCCAUACGUCGAUCGAAAGACCUGCUUGGAGUCCACAAGGCUGAAGAUCUCCGCCCGCAUGUUCUGCGCCGGGUACGACUCCAUCGCCAAGGACGCCUGUCAGGGCGACAGCGGCGGACCACACGUCACACGCUACCGGGACACCUACUUCGUGACGGGUAUCGUGAGCUGGGGCGAAGGCUGCGCCCGCGAUGGGAAGUACGGCAUCUACACCCAGGUGUCCAAGUUCACGCGCUGGAUCCGAGAGGGCGUCAGCCGGCUGGUUCCCCAGGACAAGAACGGAACCCGCCGGAAGAGGAACCACAGCGCCAUCAAGAGGCUGGUCAUGUAGCACGCCUGGAACAUUUCUGUAAUACUCUAUUGCCUGUAACAUGUCUACUAUAAUACAACUGUAACACGUCUACAACACGUCUGUAACAUGUCUACUACAACACAUGUAACACAUUGACAACAUGCCUAUAGCACUUCAAGUACAACACACCUGUAACACGUAUACUACAACAAAUGUAAUGCAUCUACUACAUGCCUGUAACACAUUAACUACAACAGGCCUGUAAAACGUCUAUUACAACACACCUGUGACAUGUCUACUAUAACACACCUGUAACACGUCAACUACAACACACCUGUAACACGUCAACUACAACAUGCCUGUAACACGUCAACUACAACAUGCCUGUAACACGUCAACUACAACACACCUGUAACACGUCAACUACAACACACCUGUAACACGUCAACUACAACAUGCCUGUAACACGUCAACUACAUCAUGCCUGUAACACAUCAACAUCAACACACCUGCAACACGGCUACUACAAUAUGCCUUUAGCACGUCUACUACAACAAAUGUAAUGCAUCUACUACAUGCCUGUAACACAUUAACUACAACAGGCCUGUAAAACAUCUAUUACAUGUCUACUAUUACAUGCCUGUAACACAUCAACAUCAACACACCUGUAACAUGUCUAUUACAUGCCUGUAACACGUCAGUACCCAACUGGAGGACAGAUCAUAUCUGAGCCACAGAACCAACGUUGACUUUGGUCCAGUCAGCAGCUGGUGAAGUUCUCUAGGUUCUCCUCUCGGUUCUUCACAUGUUCUUUGUGGUUCUAGACAUGAGGCAGCAGAACCGUUGCUGGAAACACGUGGAGAAGAAUCUGUUUCUUCAUCGAACAGAAAAACAUGAAACCAGUUUGUUGUUUCUUCAACGAAAACCAGUUCUUGGUUCUAGUUUGAGAUGUCUGACGGUUAAACAGGUUCUACUUUCACAUAUUUCAUCACGUGUUAAACUGAAUCCUGCAGCUUCCAGUAGAACUUAGUUUAGUCUUUAAUCUUCUGUCAACCAAAAGCCUGUUUCUGUGUUUUGUCUUUCUUGUUUUUGCCUGAAAUGAGCUGAAGAUGAAAUAAAAACCGAGAACCAAACGUUUCUUAUCAGCAUCAUGGAGAACUUUAGAACUAAUGUAGAACAUUAUGUCCAACUGUAAAAACUUCUGGAUGAAAUGAUUCUGAUUUUCCAGCAUGAAGGAGAAAAUGUUUACUGAAAAAAUGAAUUUCACAACCUCAGUUUUAAAAAUGUGGACAGAAAGUUUGAGAGUGGAUCAGUACAUUAAUAAUAAUAAUACUAAUAUAAACUAAGGGCUGCAGUGUAAAUCGGUUGCAGCUCCUGGAUCUCUGAGCUUCAGCUAAAAAACCUGAACCCAUGAAAUGAUUAAUCUGCUGAUGAAGCCUUGUUUACCUCAAAUAAACAGUUUCAGAGGUC